UCAUCCGCCGCCAUCUUGUAAAUGGAUUUGUGAAGGAAAAAAACCUCCAGAAAAAUCAGUUUACGCUAUAGACUGAAGUGUAUAAUUACAUAGUGAUGGCUGCAGACAAUGUAUCAUCUCAGACGACAACUGGACAGCCUCAUUUGGCGAAGCAAGAUCUAACAAAAUUGGAUGUAUCUGAGCUAAAUCCUCUCACUCCCGAAGUUAUCAGUCGUCAAGCAACGAUCAACAUCGGAACUAUCGGCCAUGUGGCUCACGGGAAAUCAACAGUUGUUAAAGCAUUAUCCGGAGUACAGACUGUGAGGUUUAAAAAUGAACUUGAGAGGAAUAUUACAAUCAAGCUAGGAUAUGCUAAUGCAAAGAUCUACAAGUGUGAGAGCAUUUCAUGUCCAAGGCCUGGUUGCUACCGUUCAUCUGGCAGUGCAAGAGAAGAUGUAUUCCCUUGUGACAGAAUGGGAUGUAAUGGGAAAUUUAGAUUAGUUAGACAUGUGUCAUUUGUUGAUUGUCCUGGCCACGAUAUUCUUAUGGCCACAAUGUUGAAUGGCGCAGCUGUCAUGGAUGCUGCUCUUUUACUUAUAGCUGGAAAUGAAUCUUGUCCUCAGCCCCAGACUUCAGAACAUCUGGCAGCCAUUGAAAUAAUGAAGCUUAAGCAUAUAAUAAUCCUUCAGAACAAGAUAGAUCUUGUCAAGGAGAGCCAAGCUAAGGAACAGUAUGAACAGAUUCUCCAGUUUGUUCAAGGAACAAUAGCAGAAGGAGCCCCAGUGGUUCCAAUUUCAGCACAGCUCAAGUACAACAUUGAAGUCAUUUGUGAAUACAUCUGUAAGAAGAUUCCAGUACCUGUCAGAGAUUUCACGUCCAGUGCUAAACUCAUAGUUAUCAGAUCUUUUGAUGUAAACAAACCAGGCUGCGAAGUGGAGGAACUCAAAGGUGGUGUAGCAGGGGGCAGCAUACUGUGUGGAGUUCUUAGAGUGAGCCAAGAAAUAGAAGUGAGGCCAGGUAUUGUUUCAAAGGACAGUGAGGGGAAACUGCAGUGCCGUGCCAUUUUCUCUCGCAUUGUGUCUUUGUUUGCUGAGCAGAAUGACCUUCAGUUUGCAGUGCCGGGAGGCCUUAUUGGUGUUGGCACAAAGAUUGACCCGACAUUAUGCCGAGCAGACAGGAUGGUAGGACAGGUUUUGGGUGCUGUUGGGACACUUCCUGAGAUUUACACAGAGCUUGAAAUCAACUACUUCCUGUUGAGAAGACUGCUGGGAGUGAGGACUGAAGGCGACAAGAAGGGAGCUAAGGUACAAAAGUUGACUAAGAAUGAAGUGUUGAUGGUGAACAUUGGUUCGCUGUCCACUGGAGGUCGUGUGUUGGCAGUCAAAGCAGAUUUGGCCAAAAUAGUUCUGACUCAACCCGUUUGCACUGAGAUCGGAGAGAAGAUUGCGCUUAGCAGAAGAGUUGAAAAACAUUGGAGAUUAAUUGGAUGGGGCCAAAUCAGACGCGGAGUUACCAUCAAACCAGAAUCAUAGGAUAAUGCAGCAGACAUUUUGUAGUUUAAGAGAAUCGAGUUCAACAAGGAAAGCUUCUGUCAAGAACGUGUUCUGCGGGUGCACUGUGGUCUACUCAGUGAAUGUUUUAUCUUCGUGUUUAUCGAUCUUUAUGAAAAGAGUCCUGAUUUGAAGAUUUCUUCUAUCUAACGUGUGAUCUUUCUUGUACAGAAAAUACUAGAAGCUUACAAUGUUUAUGAAAUCAUGAUCUGAAUUGUGUGGUUUAAGUGAGAUUUGGGAGUCGUUGGUCUUCUUUUGCUUUGUCACGCGUACUUCUCCGUUCUUGGGGGCGUCACGCAACACUCUCCAUUGACGAAAAAAGCAUCGUGACGUCCUGGGUACUUGGAGUGUUGUGUAACAAAGAGA